AUGUCUAAGAGUGACAGUAAGAUAGCUUCCCUAGAUAAUAAGAUGAGCCAAGUGGAAGGGAAGAUAGUGGCUAUAGGAAGUCAGUUUGAGAACAACUUUGCCACUGUGUACGCAAAGAUUGAACAGCUUGAAACUAGACAUGAGAAUCUGAAUGGCUCUAAAGAGAAGGCAUUGCUCAAGAAAUCUAAGGAACCACAAGGAGGUGACCAAGAGGUUGGUGACACAAAUGAAUGCCAUGAGGAGCAACCCAAGGAAGUGCUGAAAAAUCAAAUAAAAGAUGCUACAAAAAAAGGAGAAGUGGGUAAAGAGGGAGCCUUAAUGCAUGAUGGAAAAGUUGCCGUAGUAGGAGCCUUACUUGAUCUAGGGGCGGCUAUAAAUGUUAUGCCAUUGUCGAUGUAUAGAGCUUUAGGAGUCGGUAUCUUACAGACCACUACUGUUACACUCCAAUUGGCCAAUAGAACAACUAGGAAACCUGAGGGGAUUCUAGAGGAUAUCCUAGUUCAGGUCAAGGGUUUGCUUUUUCUUGCUGACUUUUAUGUGCUUGACAUGGCUAAUGAGUUGUCUCAUAAAUCCACACUCAUUCUUGGUAGACCAUUCUUGAGGACUUCGAACAUGAUGAUUCAAAUGAAAGACGGUGUUAUAACCAUGGAGGUGGGAGAGCAAGUAGUUUCUUUCAAUAUGUAA